GCCUGAAGUGGGACCUCUAGUUCUACUAGCCGCAUCACCCAACUCGUCCAUUUCAUGACUCUUCCGUAUCUCAGCCACACCGUAGCACAUUAUUUUAUGAUACAAGGUGAAAUCGCUCGACUCCUAUCACUACCUCCUGAUAACUCGACGUAAGAGAUGGGCGACACUUCAAAGGACAAACCAGUCGCGCCAAUAUUUGUAUACCGGGCGUUAAUGUCUGCGCCGCUCCUGGCCUGGGCAAUGAAAGGUGACUCGUCGAAAGCGGGAGACGUUCUCUCUCAGCGUAAACUCGGAAAAAUAAUCGGCUUUAAAAGGCGCCGCGUUCAUCACUGCGACUAUUCAGCCCUCAUUCGUAGCAACGACACGUGCGCUGUCGACGGAUAUGUAAUAUUUCCUGCCAGCCUCUCAGAGUGGAAGAAAUUGGAUAACUUCGAAGGUGAUUCGUAUGAACGAACCCAGUGGUGAUGCAUAUGGUUGAUGGAAGCGAGCCGGAUGUCUUCACUUACCUGUGGGAAGAUGAAUUAGAUGAUGUAGAAGACGAAUAUUGGAUUUUUGAAUGUUUUGAAAGCAAGAGCCUUGACACCUGGCUCGACCUCUUUGGUGGAAUGGAACUUGUAGGUUGAUUGGUGUCGGGUCUUUCCCUUCCAAACAUUUUUUUCUGCAGGUUGUCGUUCGCGCUCGGGGCCGAGUUCCUCUGACGAACAAAGUUCUUCUGAACCUCCCCUUUGAUAUCGCAAAACCCGUGAUGAGUCCUGAUAACUGCCUUGAUUUGUGUGAUCC